GAAGUUCCCUCUCCAUCCUGGGCACUGAGAGAGGAAGCACAGGAGGUUGCUUGGAGCUGCCGAACUCUGGCUUGUGAAGGGUGGACAGGGGCAUAACAAGCUUCCCUUUUACCUUUGCUGAAGAUUUGGGGUCACACAUAGACCAUGAAUGGAUCCUUUUUCAACCAGACUCUCCUGGAGCAGGCAGCUGACCCCAACAGGACUCAGGGCUUGGGGAUGCUCCUGGCCUGCUGCAAUGGGACCAGCACGGUGCUGGCGACGGAUGGCGGCUCCUUGGUCCUGGCACCCGAUGAGAGGAGCCUUUUCAUCACAAGGGUGGUGCAGAUUGCUGUCCUCUGCGUCCUCUCAUUGACUGUGAUGUUUGGUGUCUUCUUUUUGGGCUGCAACCUGCUCAUCAAGUCGGAGAGCAUGAUUAACUUUCUGGUGAAAGACCGAAGACCUUCCAAGGACGUGGGCGCUGCAAUCAUGGGACUUUACUGAAGCUACCGGGCUCUUGUAGGCAAGUGAACUGUAUGGACCUGGUGCUGAGAUGCACAUUCCCAUGUGUUUGGGGCGACUGGGUGGAGUGAGAAGUGAGGGAGGGGUCUUUUAGUCUGUCUGUGUCCAUGGGAAAGCAAAUUUUUUUUCCC